GCUUGAUUUCCAUCCUGAAGUGAAGUUUUCACUCCACAAGAAUUGAGGUUGCUGGUUGGACUUGCCCUCUGGUGCACUUGAAAUAGAGACAGAAAAAAAAUGUCAGAGCAUAGCAGGAAUUCAGAUGAAGAACUCCUUGGUGAGGAGCUCGAUGAAGAUGAGAUCUUGGCCAACUUGUCUCCUGAAGAGCUGAAGGAACUGCAGUCGGAAAUGGACGUCAUGGCCCCUGACCCUCACCUCCCUGUAGGCAUGAUCCAGAAAGAUCAGACGGACAAGCCACCGACAGGAAACUUUGACCAUAGGUCUCUUGUUGAUUAUAUGUAUUGGCAAAAGGCAUCCAGGCGCAUGCUGGAAGAUGAACGUGUUCCUGUCACCUUUGUGCAGUCUGAGGGAAACACUCAAGAACAGCCUGAAAGAGACAGAAGUAAUAAAAAUGUGCCCCAAUUUUUAAGAGAAAAGCUCAAUAAUGAAAUAGCUGCAAUUAAAAAGGAAUCAAAGAGCAGCAAUGACAGCGAGGAUGAGGAAGACGAAGAUGAUGCUAGCGAAGGCGAUGAAGAUGAUGGAGGAGAAGAUGAUGGGGAAGGGAAUGGUGACAAGACAGAAAGAGAAGAGGAAACGAAAGCAAAGCAACGAAUCAGAAACUGUGAGAGCAACUGCCAACAGGAAACUACUGGAGCCGUCAAGGAACAGGCAGACCAACCAGAGGCCCAAGAAAAAAGUGAGAAAAAAAUAUCAAAAUUAGAUCCUAAGAAGUUAGCUCUAGAUACCAGUUUUCUGAAAGUAAGUGCAAGGCCUUCGGGGAACCAAACAGAUCUGGAUGGGAGCUUAAGGAGAGCAAGACAAAACGACCCUGACAUGAAGGAACUCAACCUGAACAACAUUGAAAACAUCCCCAGGGAGAUGUUACUGGACUUUGUUAAUGCCAUGAAGAAGAACAAACACAUCAAAACUUUCAGUCUGGCAAAUGUGGGCGCCGAUGAGAGCGUGGCAUUCGCCUUGGCCAACAUGCUGCGUGAGAACAGGAGCAUCACCACGCUCAACAUUGAGUCCAACUUCAUCACGGGCAGAGGCAUUGUGGCCAUCAUGAGGUGUCUCCAGUUUAACGAGACACUUGUCGAACUUCGAUUCCACAAUCAAAGGCACAUGCUCGGCCACCAAGCUGAAAUGGAGAUAUCCAGGCUUUUGAAGGCCAACCAUACUCUCCUGAAGAUGGGCUACCAUUUUGAGCUUCCGGGGCCUAGAAUGGUGGUAACUAAUCUGCUCACCAGGAAUCAGGAUAAACAAAGGCAGAAAAGGCAAGAAGAACAGAAACAGCAGCAACUCAAAGAACAGAGAAAGUUGAUAGCCAUGUUGGAGAAUGGUUUGGGGCUACCCCCGGGGAUGUGGGAGAUGUUGGGAGGACCCAUACCUGAUUCCAGAAUGCGGGAGUUCCUCCAGCAGCCUCCUCAGCCUCCUAGUACCCAACUAGCUCCCUUCAGCCUAAGAAAUGAGUUGAUGACAAAACCAUCACCGUCUCCCCAGUACAAGACGGACCCUGACUCCUUCCGAGGGGUGAAGCUGAAGAGGAUCCAGCGCAAAUCUCGCAUGCCGGAAGCCAGAGAACCGCCAGAGAAAACCAACCUCAAAGAUGUGAUCAGAACACUGAAGCCAGUGCCACGGAACAGGCCGCCUCCAUUGGUGGAAAUCACUCCCAGGGAUCAGCUCUUGAAUGAUAUCCGUCACAGCAACAUCGCCUAUCUUAAACCUGUGCAGUUGCCAAAGGAACUGGUGUAAGAGGCUUCAGGGUCAUCUGAAGAAGAAGAAGUUGAAACAAGGACUCUCAGGUUAAGCUUGGAGAGGAUUUCUGCAUACAAGAGGUGGAACUGGGAACCAGCUACCGGCUGAGAGGGGUAAAAAGCACAAUGCUUGGGCCACAACAAAAUGUAGGCAGAGGAAGGCAGAAGGAGACAAAAAUAGUAGUAGUCAUGAGCAAUAUUUUCUACUUGCAAUCCAUUUGAGUGACUUAGGUGAAAUUUAGAGUCAUGCUUCCAGAAGCAGAAGCUAAAAACAUGUUUUCAUAAACAUUCACUUUACCAUUGCUUUCUUCUGGUAAAUAAUAAAUAAGACAGAAGUGUUGACCAUUUAUCAUAUUCCUGUUUUCACCCCUUCUUUCUCCUCUGCUGAAAUGAA